AUGCGUUUCGGGGUUGUGCUUGGGGAUUGCGCGUGCUGUCUAUGGAUUCUCUAUACAAUUUACUACUCCAUAAAGUACGCUCGAUUACUCGACAAUUUUGAUGAUUUAUUUAUCAUCUCAAGUACAGUCUAUACCUCGCCAAGCCCUCGACUAUCAAUUUUAUUUCUAUCUCGAAGAGGAAUCGUCGAAAACUCGCGAGUUUUACUAGCAGUACAAGAAGAGCACGACUAUGAGAGACAAAUUCAACUUUUCGCUGGAAAGGAUUACCUCCCAAAUUCCGGAGAACAUCUACUUGUCGGCAACGUUCCGCUAGUCGAUGCGGAAUGUAAGAUUACGUUCUCCGUCGAACAACCGAAACCACCGCGGCUGACCGGCGUCAUGGGCAGGGUCAAGCUGAGGGCCUCCACCCGUGAGGCUGACCACCUUGAGCACGAGGUGGUCACUUGUUCUGCACCGAUCUAUGAUGGUCGUUUCCCGGAGGCCAUCACUGCCAUUAGUACAGCCAUUUCCCACGGCUCAUUCGUGCAUAUUCCACACGGCACCCUCCAAAAUGCCUUCCACCGUGUGCUCGUCACCUUUGAAAAGGCUGGCCAUCUACGGCUGGCCCCCUGGAUUCCACUGGCCACCCUCGGACGCUAUGACCCAAAUAUCCUGCUCGACGAAUACGGUAGAGAAGCCGCUUUCCUCGACUGUCUCUUGCUCUAUAAAACGAGCGCCAGCUUUUUCGUGUUCGCCGACGCCGACGAAUUUGUGGUGCCGAUCAGGGAACCGAGCUAUUUCCUGGAAUUAGGGCAGAGAUUCAGUAAAACCAACGCCCAUCUGCUCAUCUACAACCUAAAAUCCGCUCGCCCACCUCCAAGAGACGCCGCGCUGAGCAGCUACAAAGCCUCGGAUCUGCUCUCGAAAUCAGAUUUUUCCGAAAACACCGUAAAUCAAACAAUUCUCGUGGUAAAUGGAGCACGAAUUAGGGAGGCUGAGAAAAUAAAGCAGUUUAAUCCAGAAAUUGGAAGAAUGUACGAUUCGGAGGAGAUUCUCAACUUUCGCGAGGAGGGCAUCGGAUUUGAUACGUUGAACAAGGUGGAGAGAGCGCUCUGCCAAGUACGCGAUGAUCCGCUUUUCAGCCACGCCUGGGACAUAUUAGAUGAUUACUGCGCGUUUGACAGCUACGCGAAAGAGUGGCUGUGCUCGCGUGGGCGUUGCGUGGUGCACCGCGUACGUCGGGAGUCGCUCUACGGCGCAUUUUACUACAAUAUCCACCAGGCUUUCCGGGUCGAGCUAAAGCGCAGUAAUUGUUCCGAAGUCGAGGAA